AGAAAAAAAAACCCUUAAACCCUUCGUUCCUAGCUUCUCCCGUUCUUUCCACACCCCCGCUCAUUUUCUCUUUCUACCUCUCCCUCUCCCUCUCCCAUAUUUUCCGCCGCCGCCGCUGCCCUCCGGCCACCGGUACGCCUCUCAGGCCGCCACGCCAGUUAGGAAUCGCCGUAGAUCGUGUCUUGCUUUAACCGCCGCUGCCCGCUGCCACUCCCAGUACCGACGGAGAAUCAAUCGGCGCCCUCAUCCAUUGCUGCCGUACUGUAAUUCCUAAAGCCGCUUCCUCCCGGUUCUUGUUCGACCGGGUAAUAUUUCCAAAUUUAGAGCUCGGUAACGGAAUCAAUGGCGGAAGACACGAAAUCUCUGGAACUAGAAGAAAACCAUUACGCAGAACGAGACACAAACUCAGAGUCUCCAGCGAAGAAGAAGAAGAAGAGUGAAAAGAAGAAGAAACGAGUUCCAUCAGUGAAUGCUAAAAUCCAAGUUCUCGGCAACCAUCCCCAGAAAACUCCGCCGAUAGUUGGUUAUUUCCCGUCUGGGUUUGAUCCUCACAAGGAUGCCGACGAGGAACAGAACUCCGUUAGAGCUAGGGUUUAUAAGCACAAGAACAAACCAAAUAGGAUGCAGCUGGUUGUGAGUCCAACAGGGUCGAAUGUGGAUUUUGUUGGUACCAAUUAUUUGGGCGAGGCUACAGCUGGGAAACAGCAUUGUACCUAUGCUCUCGGUGUUCUCGAUAAGGCCACCCAAAGCUUAAAGAUAGUGCCUAUUGCAUCAAAUAUGAUAUUUAGAUUAGACCCAAAAGUCAGAGGUUCAGACGUUUCUGAAAACGAAUCCCCAAGUGUGGCAAAUGAAGAGCUUUCUGUGCAGGAGAAAGCUGAUAGAAUGAGAGAGCUCACUGUACUCUACGGAACAAAGAAGUCAAAAAAGCAGGCACAGAAGCUGCAUGCUUUGAAGCAAGAGGAUGAUCCUGAUACCAAGAAGGAUCUAGAUGUGAGAAUGAAAAAUGUAGUGGUAAACAUAGAGGCCUUGGAAGGUACGCAGGCAGAAAUUGCUCGUAACAUACCAACGUAUAAUGCUUCUGCAACUACUCCACAAGAAGCUUACCCACUCGACAAGAUUAUCCUCAAGGGAGAAUGGAAUUUUCUAGAAGAUCUAUACUUCCGUUUGCAAGAAACAGCUGAAAUAAGUGCUAAUUAUCCAUACUUUGUCCGGCACAGAAUUUAUAAAUUGCAAGACAUUCAGGACGAGGAAGAGAAGAAGAAGCUCUGCUGCAUAUUUUCAUAUAUCACUCAUCUAAUUAAGUAUAAGGAUCAGCAUUCGAUGGGUGAUGUUUCUUCUGCCAAGGGCCAUAAAAUUCCUAGCAUGCUACGCCAAAAGUUCUCAUCUAUGUUUCCGACUUCUGAGUCGAGAAGAAUUUCAACAGAGAAAAUUAAUCUUCUCAUUAGCCACGUUUUGGUGCUUACGCUAUUUGUUGAUGAAUUCAGCAGCGAUCCAGCAGACAUAGCAAAGGAUCUGAGAACUAGUCCUUACGAUCUAAGACUCCAUUUUGAUAACUUGGGUUGCAAGUUUAUACGCAAGAACAAUUUGUCAUUGGUUACACUUCCUAUUCCCCUUCAAUUUCCAGACUUGAGGCAAAAGAGACGAAGAUAGGUAAUUUGAAGAAGCUGGAUUCUUGUAGGCAGCAAAGUUGGAGCAAUUUUGUGGAGUAAAACGGGUAAAUGGUCAUUUUUAUAAUCCAGAUGUUAUUUCUUUCAUAUUGCAAAUACCAACUUGUUUCUAUGAAGUGGCUCUGCAAAGAAUGGUGUUUAAUUAUAUUUGGAAGGUGGGACCUUGAAUGUCGAAGCUUAUUUGGAAACGAGCCAAAUGACUGUUUUCUUUUUUUCUCUUUCCUUUUAAGUUUCCUUUUGAGUUCACCCAUACGAAUCAUCAGAUUGUAGUUUGUGUUUUAUCUUCUAAGCUACACUUAGAUGAACGUCAAAUUAUUGAGAUUAACUUC